AUGUCGUAUGUCCCACAAGAUCUCGACCUCUCUGAAUCCAGAUAUACUCCCAUCGACCCUUCCCUCCUAGGGCCGUCUCUCUCUCCUCCUCCGGCCGCACCAUCUACAAGCUUCACUACCAACCCACAAACUCACACCGACGCCAAACCCGGACGACGCCGUGCAUCUCCCUUCUCCCCGUGGUACACCUCUUCCGAGGGAUCAUGCGAGCCUCCAUCGGAGCACUCAAGCGACUGGACAGGCGCAAAACCGGUAUACAACUGGCAAGGGGGCAAGUUGGUGGCAUUGCCUCUGUCGCCUUCCCCCCCGCCUCCGUCCUUAUCAGGCUUUGAGUCUCUCGCCCCCAAAAGUGGUGGAGAGUACCAAGAGACUUUUGCUCCCAACUUCCGCUUUACGCGCAGCCAGGUGAACAAAAAGCGCUCUUCUGCGCAUAUCGGCAAGACAACAUCCUCGCCCACCAAGCCCAAAUCCAAGCCCAAAUCCAACCCAAAGCUGAGACCCAAGGCUAGCGGUGGGGGAUGGAAAAACGUCGGACAGGCGUGUGACAUCUGCAAGAGCAGAAAGUCUCGGUGUCUAGGAGGAAAGCCAGUGUGUGAGAGGUGCCAAAAGAAUGGCUUGGUAUGCGAAUGGACAGUCAACCCUCGGUCUCGCAAUAGCCGUAGUGCACUCAAUGCUCAAGCUGAGGCUGCAGCUGCAGCACACACAUCACAGCAAGAGUCCACGGGCGCCGGGUACAAGAGUGAUGAGUCGGAGAUGGAAGUGGAUGAUGAUGAUCUGUAUGUCUGA